AUGGCGACCCAUAUGCCCCCAUGGUUCGCAGAGAGACUCCGGAAGGCGGACCGAUCUGAUUCCCCUGAGGCUUGCAAUGCCCCCGGCUGUGAGAAGCCAUUGCGCAAGUAUCAGAAUAUUCUUGACGUAAAGCCCGGUGUUCAAUGGUUUGCGCACGGUGGCUAUUGUGGGGCUUGGUCCAUCCAGCGCGCGGCGAUGGCGAAGGGUGCUUACAUGUCGCAGCAGCAGGUCCGGGACCACGCAACGUUCGGUGGCGGUCACGAUAACGAGAUACUUAACACGAAUAUCGAUGGCGCAUUACGUAAGCUGAAACUCAGGGCAGAGGGUUUUGAAUACAAUGUGCUGCCAACGCCUCAAUCGUCGCAGUAUCUCAAGUUUAUGAAGAAGAGUUUAUCCCACUCGAACCCUAUCAUUUGGAUGGUGAUGUUUGGUGGCGACGACUACCCAGACAUAGAGUACAAAUUUGACAACACCACAAAUGGUGUUUAUGCCCACAUCGAGCCCGUCAUCGGAAUCAUGUCUAAUCAUCCCCUUUCCGACGAGGCAGUCCACGAUGAUGACGCAUUUGUUUACUUCGACGAUGUUGACAAGAUCACCUGGUACCAGAAGGCCAAUGAGGUUUCAGGAGAUUGGUCUCCAGGCUCAAAGGCGAGGUGUCCAGGACUUGAGACCCAGUGCGUUUGGAAAGAGCGAGGGUACAUCUGGUCCAUUCAGGGUUUCCUGGAUCACCGGCCCGACGCACUGCCAGCAUCUUUGUCCAUCAGCCCUUGGGCCUCCGAGCCAUACACCCGCGGGGGCGAGGAGCCAGUGGAGCUGACAGGAACCCUGACAGUGACAGGACUGAAGGAAGGAUCAGUCUAUGACAUCUACCGUUGGGGCAGUCCCGAAGAGGCUUUUAUGUUCAACCAGACGUACAAGAUAGAGACUUUCACGGCCACAGCUCACUCGCACAAGUUUGUGGAGCAGCGGCGCUGGGACACGUCGCCGUACCGCCGCGUGCACCGGCUGACGUGGUCCUACCUCGACAGGCCUAGGUGGCCUGGUCAGGGCACGCUCGCGUGGCGGCCCACUUGGGGGCACGAGCGGCCGCUGCCGAGGGACAUGCUGCACCCCGCGCCCGCGAUCGGCCGUCCGCGGGAGCCCGUCGUGCCGCCGGCGGAGGACCUCCCAGGCUCCCCGGACCUCCUGCACCGGCGCCUGCAUGUCAACCUGAACAUCACUGUCGCAGAUGCGCUGGCGCUGGUUCAGCGCAGCCGCGUCACGGUGCGUGGGCGGCUGAAGAGCAGAGACGGCUGGGUGGACGCCCCAGACUCCGCGAUCUCCGUCAACGGCCACCCGCUGCCGGAGCUGGCGGAGCUGGCGCUGCUGGCCCACAAGCCCGCGGGCUGGGCGCUGACGGAGGGCGACCCGCUGAAGCGCCCCACGUACGCCGCGCUGCUGCCCGAUCCCACGCUGGUGAAAGAACAGGCGGAGCAUGGCCAGAACGCCCUUCCCGCUCUCCCAGCCGUCUGGGCUGCUGCUCAUCACCAACCGCCGCGACCUCGCCGCCGCCGUGGCCGAGAGCGCCGGUCUGCCGGCCACAUUCCUCGGGGGAGCCAGAAGGGAGCCCCUUCGCCCAGGGGUGUGAUGCAUCGACCCCCAGUCGUCCAUCGAGUUCAGCUUCGGGAUGCCUUUCAGUGGGUCCGCCUCGCCGAGAGCGUUCGGGGCCUGCCCAGAUCGUCCCGCUCGACCGCCGGCGGCCCGAAGUAUGAUCCACAAACCAGCGGGGAGGGGAGUAUGCUCACGGAGGGACGCACCGACCCGCCAUCGCCCUUGGAUCGCCGACAGGGGUCCGAUUGCACACCCCGCCCAGAAGAGUGCGGGUUCGCUAUCGGGGGCCUGUCGCGCUCUAUCGGCGAUGUACCGCCGAGGUUAUUCCCCCUUGAGCCAGUUCCCCCUAACGUUGCCCCUCAGGAAGCCUUCUCGCAGUCGGCGUCGGCGUCGGCGUCGGCGUCGGCGUCGGCGUCGGUGCGGCGUCGUCUUCGUCGUCGUCGUCGUCUUCGUCGUCGUUGUCGUCUUCGUCGUCGUCGGCGCCGUCGUCGUCGUCGUCGCCGUCGUCGUCGUCGUCGUCG